GCUCGUAUCGGCGGUAACCUCAACGGUGUCAACACCUUCGCUGGUGUUGACCUCGGUGACCUCACCGGUGGUGUCUUCAACACCACUCACCUCCUCGACCCCAAGGGUGUUAACACUGCCUGCUUCAUCGCUGGUCUCACCUUGGCCCUUGUCCCCCACACCUUGGACGUUGUUGUCUCCGAGUUGAGCGCCAUCACCAACAUCCUCAACAAGUUCGUCCAGCCCGUUCUUGGUGACCUCUCCUGCGCCACCAUCAACAAGUACGACCAGACUGCCUUCAACAAGUUCGCCGGU